UGGACCUCGGGCCUUGUUGUCGCAAAGUGAGAGUCCCGCCAAGGGGACAAGCGCGAGCAUUCUGGAGUGGGACAGAUCCACCCCUUUCGCCAAGCCCCAAACAUCGCGCUGGGCCCCAGGAGGCGAACCCGCCACUGCCUAAUAACAAUGGCCAAUAAUCUCGAAUGACGACCGGGGAGGCUGUGCACGCGGCUCCAUUGACGACUCGCUUCUCUUCAAUGUCAUACCGCGCCCCGUCGUCGGUAGCCGCGCAGUAACGUCAAAAAUAUAGAGGCCUGUCCUAGCUUCCUUGCCGGCUCGCGAGGGCACCUAUUAAGGCGCCUUCCCGCCCACCCCCAGCCACAAACGCGGCUUUGCCUGUGUACUGUUUUCACACUCUUGCUCACUGUUCUGGCCUUGUGAGUCUAGUAUGGCGCCGAAGGUGUUCUCUCUCGGCUCCGAGCCCUUCGACCCGUCGCAUCGGUUUGUGACGUCGUGGCUGUUCUCGCCUUGGGUUUUGUUUGGUCUGAGAGCACUGUUGGGCCUGUACGCGUUCGUCACGUCCUUCUUCUCCCUUGGCUGGCUCUGUGGCCAUGAAAGCUGCGAGUCUGCGUCGCGAGAGUUUUCCUACUUUACCGUCAUCACCUACUGGGGCCUUGCCUUCUAUUUCCUCGUCUCUGCAAUCCACACAGCCACCUACGCCAAGUCGGGUCGGCCUCUCCUCGACGUAUUCCCAAGGCCGCUUCAGGCUCUGCAUAGCUUGUUCUACACCACAAUCUGCGUCUUCCCCCUCAUCGUGACGGUCGUCUACUGGGGUAUCCUCUUCACCCGGCCUUUCGAUAAUACCUUUUCUUGGUGGUCCAAUGUCAGCCGUCAUGCCAUGAACGCCGGCUUUGCCCUCUUUGAGGUCAUCUUCCCACGCACCGCUCUCCCACCGUGGAUCCACAUUUUGUGGCUGCUGGUCGUUCUGUGCCUGUACCUGGCUCUUGCGUAUCUGACGCGCGCAACCCGCGGCUUCUACGUAUACCCCUUCCUAGACCCGUCCAAGGGAUCUGGCCGUCUGGCAGGUUAUGUAUGCGGAAUCGCUGUCAGCUGUGUUGUUUUCUUCCUGCUGGUGCGUGGCCUUAUAUGGGUCCGGACAUGGGCAUCCGAGACCAAGUUCGGCAUGAGCGGGAAAUUCUCAGCUCGUGAUGGGGUUACCGGAACGAGCGAUCCAGAAAGUGCCACAAAGAUCGAGCAAAGUCACCAACAUUAGGCUUAUAUUCACUCGCCGUGGCAUCUAUCUGUAUGUAUCCGUUUAGAUGCGAGGUUCCUUUUUUUCCUACCCUCCUGCUUGUUCUUGUACUUUCCCGAUGUCGGGUUCUAUUCAUGAGCUCUACUAUUCGAAUUUCCCUUGACAGUGAACCUUCGGGUACCGUUAGAACGUACCUUGGUACACGUAAUUACCACAGCAAUAAUCACAACGGGACUAUCAGCAUCUCAAAGAGAUGCCACGCCUGAGUUCUGACUCCCUGAUUUCGAACAUGACCUGGAUGCCAAC